UAGUUGGAAAACGCAAAAAACUAUUCUGUCACUGUUUAUUGUCCACCUGCACCGUAUUCAGAGUUUCUGUCAGUUUUCUGAAUUCUUAUCGGAGUAAGACAGAUAAAAACAUUAAUUGUAAGGGAUUUCAACAUCCAUGAAGAUGUUGACUGCGAUAGUCUUAGUUGUGCAUUUAAUUUGCUGUUAAAAUCAAUUGCUUUUACUCAACGUGUGAAUAAACCAACUCAUUACUUUAGUCACACCCUCAAUCUUGUUUUCACUCAUGGUACAUUGACAUUGAAAACUUAAAGAUUUUUCCCCAAAACCCUCUCCAAACUCAUCAUUAUUUACUCACAUUUAAUUGUACAAUAAUUUACUACAAUAACAUGAAGAAGGAAUACCACUAAAGCCGGUGUCUGUCUGAUAAUAAUAUCGCUCAAUGUUGCCUCGAUGGCUUAUAGAGAAGUCAUAAAAGACUUGAAGAUUUACAACAUAAUAACACAAUGUAAACAAACAAUUAACAAAUUAAAGUACAUACUUAGAUUUUUUUUAAUGGCUAAUCUGAUCAUGAUUUGUUGGAUUAAAAACCCAACAAAUUGGAUUACAUUAGAGAAGCAAAGACCAACUUGUAGUCAGUCAUUUUAGAUGAAAGAGUAGGUGUAAUGAAGGACUCCACCUCUCUGCAGAGAGCAGAAAUUUGAGUAGUUUCCUGGCAGGAUUAUUUCUUCGCAGUUUCCCAAGAAGUCAUCAUAGAUGUAGUCAUCGUCAAAAACCUCAAGAGUCAUGAUGUCACCCUUCUUGGCGUUGGGGUAGGAGAACUCCUCAUCCCACGUUGGGUUCAUGUCAUUUAAUUGAACAGAUGUGUUACCAACACUGUCCAUGUUGGAGUACACCAUGACGAAGCAGUCUGUGGUUCCAAACCAGUUAAAAGGAAGAUACUCUGCGUGCAGGUCAUACACCUUCAACUCGCCUUCAGCCACAGUCAGACUGCACAGGAGCAACAUGAGGAUGGGAAGACUGGAUGCCAUGGUUUCACUGAAGGCUGUGGAGGAGAAACCAUGCUUUCAUUUGGCCUCCAGUGAAGCCAUGGCGUCCAGUCUUCCCAUCCUCAUGCUGCUCUUGUGCAGUCUGACGGUGGCUCAAGCCGAGCUGAGGGUGUAUAACCUGCGAGCCACCAAUCUUCCCUCUGACUUCUUUGGAACCACAGACGGCUACGUCAAGGUGUUCAUCAACACUGACCUCAUCGGUGAGACAUCUGUUGAAAAAAAUGAAAAAAACCCGAGAUGGUUUGAGGACUUGACCUACUCCGCGGCCAGGACUGGUGACAUACUGAGGCUGGAGGUCCACGACAGUGACCCCUUUUUUGAUGACCUUGUGGGAUCCUGUGCGAGAGCAAUCAAGCCAGGGACCUACUCGAUCAAAUGCAACUUGAUGGAAGGUGGACAACUUCAGUACACCUAUUCUUUUCUUUAACAUUACUGACUACAAGUUGGUCUUUACUGUUCUAAUGUCUUGGAAUCAAUUUGUUGGAUUUUUAAUCCAAUAAAUCAUGU